AUGAAUUAAACAAUUUAUUAAUUUAAGGUGGAUAAGAAGCAUAGGAAGAGUUAAAAAGAAGUAAUGAAUUAUGAAGUUCUCUGUGUUUAAAUUUAAUUAUAUACUAAAUCAACUAUAAUUCUUAUGCUAAUUGAUUAAAUAAAUUAAAUAAAGGAACCAUUUUCAAUUAAUAAUUCUAUUAAGUAUUUUUUCAUAAUUGGAUAUGUCUCACUUUAAAUCUUAUACUAGUAUGUUGCAGUAUCAAUAAUAAUUAAAUAAGAUUAAAGGAGGAUCUUCAGUAUAUUAUAGUUAGAAGCAAUUUGCUUUAUCAAUGGGAUAUUUUAUGAAUUAAAUAGAAAGUAGCCUUAUAAUAAAGUUUAUAUGGCUUUAUUUACAGAUAAUUUAGAUUAUGAAACUUGA